AGCUGGAGACCAGAAGAGGACCUAGUGCACCAGAGACAGCGAUCAUGGCCAAACAUUUUAAAGACAUAAGCAGUUGCUACAUUUGCCUGUCCUACCUGGAAGACCCCGUGAGCCUGAAAUGUGGGUUCAUCUGCUGCCUCAAGUGUGUCGACUCACUGCCGAGGGGCCCCGGGGAACACGGGAUUGUGUGCUUCACCUGCCCUGAGGUUUCUCAGAAGAGUGACAUCAGGCCCAAACACCAGCUGGCCAGGCUGGUGUCAGAGGUCAGGGCACUGGAGCCCCAGCUGAGAGCCAUCCUGAGGAUGAACCCGAGGAUGCGCAGGUUCCAAGUGGACGUGACCUUGGAUGUGGACACAGCCAACAACCAUCUCUACAUCUCCGAGGACCUGCGGCGAGUCCGCUGCGUGUACGAGGAACAGAAGCGCAGGGCCUGCCCUGAGAGGUUCAGCGCCUCCCUCUGUGUGCUGGGCUCCCCGCGGCUCACGUCCGGCCGGCACUACUGGGAGGUGGACGUGGGCACCAGCACAGAGUGGAACCUGGGCGUCUGCAAGGAGUCUGUUCCUCGGCAGGAGAAGGUCGUCCUCUCUUCAGAACGUGGCUUCUGGAUUGUGAGCUGCAGGGAGAAGGACACCUUCCAGGCUAGCACCAGGCCGGUGACAGAGCUCAUGGUCAUUUCCUCCUUACACCACAUUGGCAUUUUCCUAGACUUUGAAGUGGGGACCAUUUCCUUUUAUGACGUGAGCGAUGGCUCCCACAUUUUUACGUUCCCCCUGAUUUCUGUGGAAGAGCCCCUCCGUCCGUUUUUCGCUCCCGGAAUUCCAGCGAAGGAUGACGGGAGCUUCAUGACCCUCUGUCCUGGGUUCAGUCCCAGCAUGGCCAGUGCAGCUGGGCAAGGCCAUGGGACUCUGAGCACAGCAGGUACAGACGCUCCCUGCGUGUGCACAGCCAUGGACACCAGCCCCUCUGCCGGUGACCCAGCGCCCUGA